AACGCCGCCCGCCAGUCGCGGCGUCGCACAUCGAUGACAACAUCCACGUCGCGCUUUAAACACGCACAUUUAAAAUACUAAUACAGUACUACUACCACAGCCAUCAUAAUAAUCACCAGCAUCUUAAGUCGUCGAUCGUCGUAAACCUUUACGCCAUCUCAUUAUUGCCGGUGGUGGUGGAGGUGGUUGACGGUGGUGGUGGAGGUGGUGGAGGUGAAUCUGUGGGGGCGACGAGGCGCAGGAGGCCCGUGACCUUUGCGUGACGCUGGACAGGGAGAAGCAGUCCUGUUCUGGGACCUACAGACGAGAAAAGUGCCCAGCUCCCGUGCGGGAGGCCUGAGAUCGCUUGGGGGCCAGAGAAGGCCUCACUGCGCGCCUGCCUUGCCUAGCAACCCCGCCGCCUCCAUCGACUCCUCCGCCCGCCUCCUCCCAUCGCCACCCCCCCCCCCCGGGGGUCAGGAUGGCCACUGCUGUGAGGAUGACCGCGCGCGUUCGCGAGGCGUUCUCGUCGGCCCUGAGGGACGAGUCCCUGGCGGGGGAGCUGAGAGCGGAGCUGGAGGCUGCGCUGCGGGAGCCGGACGGAGCUGUUCCCUUCUCCACGUUGCGCCACCUCCACGGGGCUUCACGGAGCCAACAGGAGCCGCUCUAUCUGCAUGAACUCCUGGAAGGAAGUGAGCUUUAUUUUCCUGAACCUGAGAAACCUGCCAGGAAUCCAGAGCUGGUGGCACGGCUGGAGAAGCUAAAAGCUCAACAGGACAAUGCGGAAUACAGACGCAUGGUCCGGAACGUGGACUGCAAGAGGCUGAAUCAGUACGGCUCCAUCGAAGACAUUGGAAAGGAAAUGAAGUCCGUGAAGGCGAUGGUCGUGACCAUGUUCAAUUUCCUGAUUACGGUGGUGGCAGCGUACGUGUGCGUCUACCUGGCCAGUCAGUACGUGCUUCCCAACACCACCUCUCGUGUGCUCGCAGGAGUGAUCGCCGCCUCCGUUGUGGGACUGGCAGAGCUCUACGCGCUCGUGAAGACUGUGGAGGGGGAGAUGGGAAACCUGUAGCCCCGCACACAACGGCCACACACGCUCCACUGGGCCGCGUAAUGAUUCAACAACCAAUUACCACACCACCCCUGUGCAGAAGUCGCAACCGGGUACCCGAUACCCGUACCCUACCCGAUACCCGGCUACCUGUACCCGGCCGGGUACGGGUACGGGUAGCCAUUUGCGACCCUGGUGCGGCCGGGUACAGGUACGGGUAAGGAAUCAAAACCCGUUGGCGACCUCUGCCCCUGUGGUACCAUCGGGCGGGGGGUGGGGGGGGAAUCGCUGCAGGGAACUGAGCACCCCGCCGCCACCCCCCUGAUUCUCUCCCCACUGCAUGCUCAGCUCCAUUUCCAAAUUAUAAAUUUGUAUUUAUUCCGUCAGUAUAAGUCCUGCACAGCAGUGGUUAACUCCUGUCUAUCCCUGGGGGGCGGGGCGGGUGAUACCUCAAACGCCCAUCCCCUCCCCCCAACCUCCCCAUUUCCAAAUUCUUGUAAUCAAGUCAAAACAUUUAACAGUGGGAGGGGAGCGGUACAAAAUGCUAAAAUUGACACAAUUAAGCGAUGGGUGUGCUCAGCCUUUCCCCAAUACACCCGAGGAGGUGAGAGCGAGACCAGAAUGUGUGAUAGGCAACAGCAGGUCGUAUCGUUAUGCAUUCUGAUCAUCGUUGAACAUUUUAGCAUUUGUUUUUUCAAGUGGACUAUGUUGUGUAUGCUUCCCGUUUAAAGAACAUCACACUACUGGGCUGCCCAACCCUGUCACGAUUUGUUGAUUUGGGUUCAUGGUUUCAAGAAUCAAUCACAUUGUUUUUCAUUGUUUUAUUUGUCCAUGUCUUUCAUACUAUUGGCAAAAAACGUAAUUUUUUAAAAUAGAUUUUCCAUAACCAUAAUCAUUUUCGUACUCGUGCAAUGUAUGUAUUGUGAGCAUAAGAAUCAAUUUUAAAUCGAUUACCCAUUGCAUGCCUAAGAGUGAUCAUGCAAUUGCAGCCGUGCAAUGAUAACGUUGUCUUAAGCAAACCGCAGCUGUACAUUUUUUGCUGAAUAGUUUUGCACACGAAAUGUUAAGUGCGAGCUUGUCCACUCAUGAGACCUGGGUUGGCCGGUCGGUGUGUCCAAGUUUGGAGAAUUGUGUAGAAUAAGUAUUUAAUUGUUCCCUUCAUGAAUGUUGAGCAGGACAAAAUACGUAUGUGAUGAGCUGGAUAAAGGACACCUUACCCUGA